GUCAGCCUCGGGUCUAAUUUUGGUUAACCCGGGGCUCCCCCCUGAUCAUGAUAAGAGUCGUUCAGUUAAGACAUGUCACUUCCCAUCAACCCGAAAAUGAUUACAUCUUCAUUUCUCACUGCACCAGGCUGAUGGAAAGCUUUCUGCGUAAAUCCCCUGUAUCCUUACACUUCACUGUCAAUGUUUUCAUCCGACAGGUUUUAAGUUAUUUUGGACCCCACACGCCGACUCUCGCGGAACAUGAUAUGUGUUCUGGCCCCGCGAGGCCUUCGACCAGCUUGGGUGGGUAUCACUGCAAUUGCAGCAGCAGCAGUGCUCUCUUUAUUCCUCUUAUACUCGCCCCGACUACAGACCACUACGUCGAGAGUAGUAGUGCCUGAUCCCGUAAGCCAUAUUGUGACUGACCCAAACUAUGUGGAUAAUACCACCACCAAAAAUGUCGACCCCGUCAUUGCUGAGGCCGGUUUGAUUGACCAUCCUGCGCAAUACUUUAUUGACUAUCCGCUUCAACCGCCAUAUAAAGAGCACUUCGGCGAGUUGGGCCAGCGAAGUCGAGUCUUGCGCGACUGGAUGACACUAGUGGAUCAGCUACCACAGUCCACGAGCAGGAAUUUGUUGAUGAACGCUACGGAGAGGGUGGCCGUCUCUUUAUACCCUUUCCUCGACAAGCCCAAGGUGCAAAAUACCACUCAUAAACCCGUAGCGGAUCUCCGGGCGUCCUUUGAACCAGGCUCAGCGGGUGUGGUCAUCCCAACCAGCAAUAAUACUCUUCGCUUCGCGGCCCACCUGAUUGGUGCUAUGCGCUUGGUUUUAAACUCCACGCUCCCAAUCCAAAUCGUCUAUGCCGGCGAUGAGGAUCUCAGCCCAGAUGAUAGGGCCCGUUUAUCAAGCACCGUGGAAUCUGGCCCUCCCCUCGAGUUUCUCGACAUCCUCACCGUUUUUGAUGAUACAACACUCCAAUUGAAGACGGGUGGUUGGGCCAUCAAGGCCUUUGCAGCCUUGGGCUCGCGUUUUGAGCGAGUAAUCCUAGCCGAUGCUGACGCUGUUUUCUUUCAACCUCCCGAGGUCCUGCUCGACCAUGAAGCAUUUCUUCGAAGUGGAGCUUUACUGUUCCACGACCGACUCCUCUGGAAGAAUGUGUUUCCAGAGCGCAACGAAUGGUACAGGAGUCAGAUUCGACAACCAAGUGCGGCGUUAGAAAAGUCACUGGUCUGGACGGAGAAUUAUGCUGAAGAAGGCGACUCUGGACUAGUUGUUCUCGACAAGAGCCGAACGGAUAUACUCAUCGCCCUGCUCCACAUAUGCUGGCAGAAUUCGCAUGACGUGCGCGAGGAGGUUACGUAUAAAAUGACGUAUGGUGAUAAGGAGACGUGGUGGCUUGGUCUUGAGCUUACAGGUGCGACUUACGAGUUCUCCGGGCACUACGGUGGAAUUGUUGGCUGGGACCAGGUGGAUAGUAGUGGCAGGCACAAGGUGUGCAGCUUUGUCAUUGCUCAUGUUGAUGCAAAGGAUAGACUCUUGUGGUACAAUGGAAGCCUUCUCAAGAACAAGGGUAAGAGCAGUAUGACAAAUAAAUAUGGAGUUCCGACUCACUGGAUGAUUGAUGGCAAAUGGCAAAAGGGUGAUCGCAAGGAGGAUAUGAGCUGUAUGAAGGGAGGUGAACCGAGGAAUCUGACUCAAUACGAGCUCAAUAUCAUGGAAGGAUCGAUUGAGCUGGCCAAAAACCUCGAUGGGAUGAUAUACACCGCGCCAAAAGGAACCGAAAACACAUGAGUUCGUCAUAUCCAAAAGUGUUAUCAACAACAAAUAUCCUCUAAUCCAGGAUGUAUGUCAGUUUGCCAAACAUCCAACUAUGGACUUGUGUGGACUUGGUAUUCCUCGAAGAGCCAUGUAUCCCGCAAGGCUCCUUGACCCCGAAACCGGUGUUGGUGGUUCCGGCUUCAUCAACAAUACUCGGUCCUUCUAGGGCCUUUCGUAAAUCCAACCGACUAUUACCGGUCAUUGGACAACAGCCUCACUCAACUGAAUUGAUAGGGCUCAGGCAUGUAUAUAUAGUAUCAUUGUAUCAAUGUAUCUGCAUGGAGUAUAGAGUUUCAGACACUAACGGCCAGCACAUUUACA